CAACCCUACUUUUGGGGGAAUCGAAACCACGCCACUUGACUCAAUUGCAGACCUUGGGAUCUAACGGGCACGCGUGAAACAUUUCGACCACCCAGCUCCCCAUUAGUCUAAUAAAGGAAGAUUGUGUUUCUUGGAUAUCGAAGAUUGUAAAAGCCAGUUUUAAUUCACAUACCAGUUGGCGAUAUUGGUUGGUUUAGCGGCACGCGGAGAGGUCAUGUGUAUAACACAGGAACAGUUAUAGCUUUAAACUGCUGUGAAAGAAGAUUCAGUCAGUCUGUCAGUCGACUUGUUAUUGUGUUUAUCAAGUGGAAUUUAUGAAUGACGCGUGAUUAUUAUUUUAGUUCCAGUUACCUAUGGUCAGUUAAUGGUCAGUUAACAGGGAACGACACAGUGUUGUCGAGCGAUCAAGGAUAUUAGGAAACGAGUGAUGAUACGUAAUGAUGGAGGAGUUAAUUAUAUUAGAUAUAAACUAUAUGGAUUAAACAUCAAACAUCAAACACCGACUGACACUUUUGUUAUUGUACCACUGACCAAUACUGAAACAUUUAUUUGGAAAAAAGUGAAGCGUGUAAUUAUUAAAUCAGACACCCAGAAAAGGGAGAAUUUUGAAUUAAAUCCGGAGUUUAAAAUAAAUAUCCCCAAGUUGUGUAGCUUCAACGAUCUAUAAUAAAGACCACAGAGGAAGAAAUGGUCAGAUCUGGUGUUGAUUCUUCUAUUGUAGUAAAUAAUCUAAAGGAACCAAGGAAGUGUACAAUAUAUGUAAACGUGUUAAGUUAGUGGAAAAACACGUCGAAACGAUAGGAAACUUCAAAAAUAUACCUCAAAACAAUUAAGCGUUGUAUACGGAAUUUUAUGUUUCUGGAAUAUGUGAUCUAGACUUUAGAUGAAUUAAGGGUUAUAUGAAGACUUAUGACUGUACUUGUUGAUGAGGUGGAUUUCAUAAACGAUUAAACAAGCUACAAAACCAGAUGCUGUACAUGAUAAAGAUGUGAGGAUACAAACUUAGUUAUUAUUAUAUCAAACGUUAAAUAAACUUCGGGCACCUGCUAAAACUUUUAAUAUUAACCCAGUAUACUCGUCAGGUUAACAUUGUUAUAACCAAAGUUAUUAUUAACUCAGAAAACUCAAGUAGACUUUGUUAUAACCAGUGUUAAUAUUAACCCAGUAAACUUGUCAAGUAAACCAGUUCUUGUUAUAACCAGAGUUAAUAUUAACCCAGAAAACUCGUCCAGUAAACCUUGUUAUAACCAGAGUUAAUAUUAACUUAGAAAACUCAUGUAGACCUUGUUAUAAACCAGAGUUAAUAUUAAUCUAGAAAUUUCAAGUAAACCUUGUUAUAACCAGAGUUAAUAUUAACCCAGAAAACGCAAGUAAACACUAUCAUAACCAGAGUUAAUAUUGGCCAGUUUUAUUUGGAACUUGGAAUAUACAAAUAUUAACUACGUUUCCUUAGUAGUUAACGAAACUGUAUUCUAUAAUAGGAUUGUUCUUUGAAAUAUCGACUACAUUUCUGUGAAAUUGCCAAAGGAUAUGAUUAUUAUGACAACAUUGCUUUAGAGAGAUCCGAGAAUAAUAUUAUUGGCAUUAUUAAUUUUAUAUACAUGUAUAGUGUUCACGAAUAUCAUUAUUGGUUACUAUUGUGGUGGAUAAUUGUUGCUAUUGAAUUUAAAAUAACCAACAAGUGUCUUAUGUCGUAGGACAGUGUCGAAAAAGCUUUUCCUGUUUUUCAAGAAACAAGAGCUGUAUCGCAAGACCCUAAGAAGUGAUUUACUUACAUGUAGAUGUAACUGAAAUCUACGUGUAUUUUAUAAGUCAUAGACCAACGUAUUAUUUCCAGGAAAUCAUCCAAUAACAUCGAACAGUGUCUAAAACGUAGAUUUGAAUCCAACUAAAAGUUAAUAUGAAGACGACUAACAAUAAAACCACCACUACAAAUAGCCUUUUUUCUUCAUUGUGUCACUUGUCGAAAGAGGCAGCACUAAGGAAGACAUUUUUUCUGAUCAGCAUUUCGGCGUUCAUAGUAUGUUUGCUGUUGUACAGUCAUUCAAGGUUUUCGUCUAUGAUGUCAUCAAAUCACGAGUUUCAUCAUUUCAAACAGAAUUUUCAUUGGAGGGUUUUGAGUAAAGGUUUCCAGGGUCAUCCCGAAAACCCUAGUCAAUAUGGAAACCUAAUAUCAAAUUCAUCCAACAAAUUCCCAUUUCUAUUUGACCUCGAGGACAGCUCAACUUCUACAAGAAGUGGCGGUAAAGUUACGUCAUCUGUGACGCGUGCUGUUUUAAGCGUUCUUAAAUCGUCAUCGAAAGUGAAUUCUACGCUGAAAGUAAAUAUUUCAACUGACAGUGUAAAUGGUCACCAUAGUAACCAGAAAUAUUUGGUUUAUUUAUGUGACGAUACAGCGUGGUGUGGUGGCUGGGGAGAUAGACAGCGCGGAGUCGUCUCCCUUUACUUGCUUUCAUUAGCCUAUAACCGGACAUAUGGUAUUCUUAUGACGUCACCGUGUGAUCUUGCUCAGUUUUAUCAACCUAAUAAAAUAUUUUGGUCGUUUGACCCGCAUUUGUUGAAAAAUAAAACAUCUAAAGUUGUUUACGCCGUGGAUUCUGGUUCACUGAAAUUAGACAGCAAAAGUAAACAACUAGAAGAUAUUCUUUACAUUCAAACAAACAUGGAUAAUGUGCCAGCCAUUCGAAAACAUUUCCGAAGUAAAAUGCCUAAAUGGAUUUUACAAAAAAGUAGGCCUGCCAUUUUUCGAGAGGUGUGGCAACGUCUUAUGAAGCCGACGCCCCGAUUACAAAAGCGCCUGGAUAAUCUAUUAUUAUCUGGUAAAGAUACUGGAAAAUUAGUAUGUGCUCACGUGAGGAUAGGAUACAGUAAAAAUCUACCGAAUGACCCUCCUCGUAUGGCUAUAGCAAGUAUCGACAUAUUAUGGAACUUCAUGGAAAAUAUUCAAAAUGUUCGAAAAUAUUUUGUUGCCACAGACAACGAUGACGUCAGGAUAUCAGCCAGGAGACGUUUCGGUGAUUUGUUUGUGGAUACGGGCGGGACAAUUUUACAUAUAGACAGACAGCGAAACAGGAACGAAUCUUGUGUGGGAUUCGAAACGGCCAUCUUGGACCAAUUAGCAUUGACUAAAUGUGAUAUUUUAAUUAUUAGCGCUAGUAAUUUCAGUAUUCGUGGUUCCAUGUUAAAAACAGUAUUAGAAAAUAUUUACCAGUUUGAUGGGGAAUUAAUUAAGCCCUUCUCACCAUUCAGUCGUUUUAGACAUCGUCGCCAUGUUGAAAAUAGUACUACACAUUCAUACGAAAUAACUGUUGACAAUAGGAAUAUUGAAGUGUAUGUUUUGAAGAUUUAAAAUAAAAAUUAAAAGCGGGAUUUAACCCGUGGUUGUAUAAUGUCGUCA